CGUUAUCUCGCUGCAGUUCUGGUCCAGAACAGACGACUCAGAGGGGAAAAAAGAACACCCACUUCGUCAGCCGCGAAUUUCAGGGGGGAAAAAGAUGGCGAAGGGAAAGAAAGAGCUGCUGUCGAAAGCGCCGUGGAGAGGAGACGAAGACGACGGCGAGGCCGACAAGUUCAAAGACGCUAAGCUCAAAGUCACAAAGCAACCUGGUUCCGACGCCAAAAUGCACCUCCCUAGCAAGAAGAAAGGCCGCCCCUCCGACUACGACGAAGACGACGACCAGCUCGAAAUUGACCCGGAGCUUCGUUACAGCUUCCACCGCAAUUACCAGUUCCUUCAGAGAGUAUUUAGCAUUGAUACAAUAGUGAAGCCACUCCCACCUGCGAUGGCUUACAAUGUCUCUCGUAACUUGAGCUUCUUCACUCGCAUCUUCACUCAGUUCUUUGACCCUGAAGGUAUUGCAAAUGCGCAGAAGUCACUUGGGUUAGGCCAAGAAGAGAAAGCUCGCAAAGUCCGUUGACAAGUUCCCUGAUAUCUUCCAGUAUUUCCCUCUGUUCAUCCAUUUGUAAUUUUCAUGCAAGUAGUUCAUUUGUGCUCUCAAAGAGGAGGACAAUCCAAAAUACUGCUAUCAACUUUCAACUCCAUGCUUUCUGAGCAGAGUUUUAAAAUGUCAUCUUCUUCUAGUGACGGAUUGAGAUCCGAUUCUUGUUGGUUCCAUUUCUCCUUCCUUGGCUUUUGCUUUAGCUCCAUGACCAUGAGCAACCCCAGAUUUCAUUUUGGGAAGGGUACAUGUCACUUGCUAUGACCACGCUCAAUGAGAGUUGGAGAGCCAUGAAUGAUCCAGAUAUUAUACUGGUUUGGUUUGGUCUGGAGUUGAACCGAAUAGGCUUAGUCGCUUAGGAUCGACACAAAGCAAAGUAGGGGAGGAGAGUUGCUUGAGAACCACCUUAGAUAUGGCUGGAUGUUAUGCGUGUUGGUUGUGUUGAUUGCUGUUCAUGGACUUUACCUUUAUGCAGUUUACUGUACAGCAUUAGUAGUUCCCCCCGGCUCUCUUGCCUGUGUAUUACUCCUUCAUCUAACAAUCUAAACUCUUCUCAGUAAGAGAUGGUUCGUGUAUGCUCUUUCUCCUGUCACUCAUUUUGUUCAGGCUUCCAACUGGAAUAUCACUGAUUAGCUGUUGUAGUGUUGUAUGAUUUUAUUGAUAAAUGUUGGAAAUUAGA